AUGUCCACCCAGCCUCUUCUCCAACGCACGGCCGGCAAGCGUAUCGCGCUCCCCGUCCGUGUCGAGCCGAAAGUCUUCUUCGCCAACGAGCGAACAUUCUUGUCAUGGCUCAACUUCACCGUCACCCUCUCCGCACUCGCAGCCGGUCUGCUCAACUUCGGUGACAAGAUCGGCCGCAUCUCGGCUGCCAUGUUCUCCUUUGUUGCCAUGGCUAUCAUGAUCUACGCAUUGUUGACGUACCACUGGCGAGCGAGCGCCAUCCGCAAUCGCGGAUCGGGCCCGUACGACGACCGCUUCGGCCCCACCGUCCUCUCGGUCAUGCUGCUCAUCGCCGUGCUCGUCAACUUUAUCCUCCGUUUCAACGCCUAA